GUGUGUGUGUGUGAGAGCAUGAUCGAGUGCAUGUGGACGCGUGAGGCAGGAGGAAGGAUGGCUGCUCAUGUGUGAGCCGCACACUGCUGUAUUUACCCAGAAAAACCGCGCACACACGCCGCUCUGCGUCGCCAGCAUGCCUGCGGAGGUGAACGAGAAGCCGGAUCUGGAGGAACCUUCAGCUCAAGACACCAAAGAGCAGACGGACGAGACGGCAGAAACCCCAUCCUCAGACGCGUCCAACCCCGCAAGCUCAAAUCACACAGAAACUCAUACUGAGAGUUCAGGCUUUGGGACGGAGAAAUCGUCCAGUCCUGACAGCAAAUCCAACAGCAGCUCCAAUGAACAAGUCGUGCCCAACCUCCUGAAGGAAGCUUCAUCUGAAGGGUUGGAAGAAUCCCAGACACCGCAUCCGGAUGUUCAGUGUCCGGAUCAAGCGCCGCCUCCCGACUCCUCCGGCGAGAAGGACGAUACACACACGGCUCGACCUCCUCACCCCGACCCCGGCGUGACCUCUGACCCUCCCAACGAGAUUCCCACGGAUCCGCCGUCUCUGUACGGCACGCUGAACGCUCAGGCCGUCACGUUGCUGCACGGAUUACCCUUCUUUCCCGGCCGGACCUUCUUACCGGAGAACUGCUACACUCUGCCGCUCCACCGCGAGGGUUUCGCCCGCGCCGCUUCCAAACCGGAGCCGGACACAGUGCAUCACAUGAGGCCCGCGCUGGACCUGACCACCCACACAUAUUUACAGGACCUGUACCGUGCGCAGACGCUCAUCCCGCAGAAACGCGCCAGCAUGGUGAGCCUCGACACCAUCCGCAAGGAUCCGCGCUGGCGGGAUCCGAACCUGCGGGAGGUCAUCUCCAUGCUGAGCCACCCCAUGGACCCGGUGAAGUCCAACGCCGCCGCGUAUCUGCAGCACCUCUGCUACGAAAACGACACGGUCAAGCAGGACAUCCGGCAGCUCAGAGGAAUCCCCGUCCUGGUGGGGCUCCUGGAUCAUCCCAAAGCCGAGGUCCACCGCAAGGCCUGCGGCGCACUGAGGAACAUCUCCUUUGGCCGGGACAACUUCAGCAAGGUGGCCAUCAAGAACUCGGACGGCAUUCCUGCGCUGCUGAGGCUCCUGAGGAGAUCCGACGACCUGGAAGUCCGAGAGCGGAACUGCAGCAGGAUUAUGUUGCGCUCGUGUGUUUGCAGGAACGUGAGUUCAGACGGAGCUGAAGCUCGACAGAGACUGCGUGAGUGUGACGGGCUGGUGGACGCUCUGCUGCACGCACUCUAUUCUGCUGUCGCCAAGAGGGACAUAAAUAACAAAUCGGUGGAGAACUGCGUCUGUAUCUUGCGUAAUCUGUCGUAUCACGUGCACAAAGAGGUUCCUGGAGCUGAGAAAUUCCACAUCCAAGCAGCCAAUCACAGCGCGAAAUCAGGAGGUCACCAUAAGAAGAAGGACGAGCCGGAACGUUUUGGAGGACUAACGACCAAAGGCAAGCAACACGGAGCCGGAGAGAAGAAGAGCAGCGGUGUGGAUCUGUGCAGGAGGAGUCUGCCGAUGAAAGGCCUGGAGCUUCUGUACCAGCCGGAGGUGGUCCGACUCUACCUGUCGCUCCUCAAACUGAGUCAGAAUCACAACACGCUGGAGGCGGCGGCUGGAGCCCUGCAGAACCUGUCAGCUGGACACUGGGCCUGGUCCAAUUAUAUCCGAGCAACGGUGCGUAAGGAGAAGGGUCUGCCAGUGCUGGUGGAGCUUCUGCACUCGGGUGCGGAUAAAGUGGUGCGAGCGAUCGCCAUUGCGCUCAGAAACCUUGCCAUCGACCACAAGAACAAAGAUCUCAUCGGGAGUUACGCCAUGAGGGAUCUGGUCAGUAACCUGACCUGCGGCCAGCAGCGACCCGCCAAGAACCUGGAGGGAGACACGGUGGUGGCUGUCCUGAACACUAUACUGGAGAUCGUCUCUGAGAACCUGGAGAACGCCAGAUUCCUCAUCCAGGGACAGGGAAUCCAGAAACUGGUCUCAAUCAGCAGAACCAGCCAAUCGGUGCGCGAGACCAAAGCCGCGUCACACCUCCUGCAGACGGUUUGGGCCUAUAAGGAUCUGCGACACACGCUGUAUAAGGCCGGCUGGAACAAAACACACUUCAAGCCAGCUGUCUCUGGCCUGCCCAAAAAACAGAGGAACGCCAAGCAAAGGAACGAUGACAUCACACUGCCCUUAAUGGAGAAGAGCCAAGAUGGAUACUGCACUGUUGAUCAGGCAGAGCGAGCAGCAGACGCUCCGUGUCACAUGAUUGAACGAGAAACUUUUCAGGGUGUGAAUGAUAAGAGGCAUUUCAUCAGGACCAGCAGGCCAGCGGUCGGUUUAGUGGAGCGAACCCCGCAGCCACUGGACUCAUGGGUCUGAUCCGGCUCACGGUUGGAGAUCCACUUUCAGACCUGCAUUUAGACUGACAUUAUCAGCCUUCGGCACAAUUCAUCACAGAAUCAAACGAGAGAAAUACAGCAUAUCAUACCUGUUCAUGUCCACAUCGAAAGAGAGCUGGAGGAAUCGUGUCCGAUCCAUCUGGAAGUGGAAUUUGACUCUUUGCUGCUUUGGCAGUCUUCACUGUUAAACUCAAGAUUCAUGAUGAUGUGACGAGUCAUUUAUUGAUUGUUUAACAUCUGAUCAUACAUCAUAUUACGAUCUUGUGUUGUUUCUAUUGCUUAUUUUUUGUUGAUGAGUCUCUAAGUUGUAUAAUAGUGAUGCAAUCACACAGACAAUUUCAGCUCUGUAU